AUGCCAGUGCCCAUCGAAGAAUGUAAACUGUCUCGGUCAGGCCCCCCUGCUACCAUAGUGACCAUCGAUGAAGAGAGCCCCAAUGGCACAGUUCUGGUGGAGAAUAUGCAGAUCAACGGGAGAGCAGAGGACCCAGACAGGACCAUCUCUCUGAUCCUGCUUGACAACUAUGCCUACUGGGUCAUCCUGGAUCCCGUCAGACAGAGACUGUUCCUCAACAGCACCGGACGUGUCCUGGACAGAGAUCCCCCCUCCUCUAUCACUACAAUCGUGGUGAAGGUCCAGUGCACCAGUGAGCUGGUUGGGACAGUGAUUCUUCACGAGGUCCGGAUUGUAGUCAGGGACAAAAACGACAACACACCUCGCUUUCAGCAGCCACGCUACUAUGUGGCCGUCAACGAGCUCACUCCUGCCGGGACCACCAUAUUCACAGGCUUCAGUGGAGACAAUGGGGCCACAGACAUCGAUGACGGGCCCAAUGGACAGAUAGAAUAUGGCAUCCAGUACAACCCCAAUGACCCAGUGUCUAAUACAACUGUGGUUGUAGGGAAUACUCUCUCUGGAAACAUUGUUCUGGCUGAGAGACUAAACUACGAAGAGAAAACACGCUACCUGGUCAUUGUUAAAGCCAAUGACCGUGCCCCGUACGAUGCCAAUAGGCGGACCGCUACGACCACAUUGACAAUAGAUGUUCUGGAUGGAGAUGACCUGGGCCCCAUGUUCCUGCCCUGUGUCCUGGUCAACAACACCCACGACUGCAACCCAGUCACCUACCGAGUCACCAUACCAGAAUUCACCAAACCGAGUGAACUGAACCCGCUGGGGGUGACCCCACCUAUCCGAGCUGUGGACAUGGACAGGAACAUUCAGCCCCCGUCUAAAAGGCCAGGGAUCCAUUACUACAUACUGGUUGGUCAGCCCUCAAAGUACCCAGACUACUUCUCCCUGAACAAGACGACCGCAGAGCUCCUCCUCUUGAAACCAGUCAGCAGAGACCUGUACACCAAAUUUACCCUCAUCAUCAAAGCUGAGCAGGACAACGGCCACCCACUCCCAGCAUACGCUGAACUGAUCAUUGAUGUCCUGGAUGAGAACAACCAGGCUCCGUACUUCCAGUUCCAGUCCUACCAAGGCUACGUCAGCGAGUCCUCCCCAGUAGGCACUACCAUCUCUGCCAGCUCCAACCUCACUGCCCCCUUGGGCAUAAUCGCCCUGGACAAAGACAUUGAAGAGAGCAAAGACCCUCUGUUGACGGUGACUCUGGAUGACUUCAGCACCAGCUUUGCCAUAACCCCGACCGGGAUCACCCGCUACCUCCGACUGCUCAAACCUGUGGACAGAGAGAAGCAGAUGACCUACACCUUCACGAUGAUGGCAUCAGAUGGGGUACAGGAGAGCAUGCGGGUGACUGUCAACAUCCUGGUGAUUGACGCCAAUGACAACACUCCCACCUUCGGUGAAGUCUCCUACAGCGUUAAGGUGUUCACUGACAUGCAGCAAGGAGAAACAGUACUACAGCUGAUGGCAUUGGAUGCUGAUGAGGGGUUAAACGGUCUGGUGACCUAUGAGAUCCUUGCCGGAGCGCAGGGUGUUUUCAUCAUCAAUAACCGCACUGGACGAAUCACCAUCGCACCCGGGAUAGCCCUUAGCGUGGGCCGUUCUUACGCCCUCACAGUGAAGGCUGCGGACAAUGCACCAGAGAUCCAGAGAAGGAGCUCUAUCACCACGGUGUACAUCGAGGUGCUGCCCCCCAACAACCAGAGCCCCCCACGCUUCCCCCUCUUCAUCUACAACCUGGAGGUCAGCGAGGCCAUGAGGAUAGGAGCCAUCCUGCUCAACCUACAGGCCACAGACAGAGAGAAUGACCCAAUCACAUACCAGAUUUUGAGUGGGGAUAUCCAGCAAGUCUUCAACCUCUCUAAAACGAUAGGCCUGCUGCUUUUGGGGAAGCCUCUGGACAGGGAGACAACUGACCAGUACCGUCUCAUCGUCACUGCCUCUGAUGGCAACCCAGGCGGGACCUCCACCACCACAGUGAACAUAGUGGUGACUGAUGUAAAUGAUAACGACCCUAAGUUUGACCUGACCCUGCCCAGGAACCUCACUGUCCAGGAGGAGAAGGCCAAUGUGUUUGUGGGUCAAGUCACGGCCACAGAUCCAGAUGCAGGGGCUAAUGGUCUGGUGCGCUACAGGAUAGUCAACCACCCAGGUCUUUUCACCAUCACCGAGAACGGCAGCAUCUUCACCGUGGUGCCUCUGGACCGAGAGGUCAGGAGUCAGUAUGACCUUAUAGUGGAGGCCUCAGACGGAGCGGUGGACCCCCGCAGGACCACCUCCACCCUCUCUGUCCAGGUGACAGACAUCGAUGACAACAGCCCAGAGUUUUCCCAGAAGACCUACGUGGUCAAUGUCCCAGAGAACAGCCCUGUGGGUACCGUGGUGCUGCGCCUCAGUGCCGUGGAUGCAGACCUGUUCUCUAACGUAACAUACCGUAUCAAAUCUGCGGAGGCCAGGAAGCUUUUCUCGGUGAACCCGAUCUCAGGCGAGCUGUUGGUCCUGCAGACGCUGGACUUUGAGGACCUGGCUAGUAUGGGCAUGGGGACCAACUAUACCUUCCAGGUGGAGGCCGUGGACCAGGCAGGGACAAUGCCCCCCGGUGAGGCCACCGUCACUGUUCGGAUCACGGAUAUGAAUGACUUCUCCCCGGUGUUUAGCCAAGCGCUGUACAAGGGCCUGGUGGCCCCCAAUGCAGAGAAGGGAACGGUCAUCGCCACUGUGUUCGCUGAGGACCAAGACCCUCCUGGUACUCCAGCCAGUCUGGUGCGUUACAGAGUGGACGAGGACCAAUCACCUUACAGCGGUAGCAUCUUUGACGUGGAGAAGGGAUCUGGGAGGGUCAUCACCAGGGUCAACCUCAACGAACAGCCCAGCGUCACCUUCAAGUUGGUGGUGAUAGCCUUUGACGAUGGAGAGCCAGUGAAGGAGAACCGAACUCUGGUGGAGAUCACUGUUCUCCAGCCCUCCAGGAUCCCCAUCUUCACUCAGGAGGAGUACAGGUAA